AUGCUGCCCAUCAUUUGGGCCUGUCUGCUGAUUGCGGGGGCUGCAGCAGCCAAUUUGCCCAUAGUGGACCUGGGCUAUAAGCGCCACCGAGCCAGUAGCUUCAAGUUUACCAAUAUUCGUUAUGCCGAACCCCCGCUGGACUCCCUGCGGUUCGCCCAGCCCGUCCCCCCACGCAAACGCAGUCGCGAGAUCGUCAAUGGCACAGGACUGGAUAUAUCUGUCCCCAGUCUCAAGCUUGUAUAUGGAGUGGAUGGCUGCACCAACCCGCCGCUCGCUGCAGAGCGGGAUCCAUUAGAGUCGGAAGAUUGCCUCUUGCUUGGGGUGUAUGUCCCGGAAAAGGUCAUGUCCAAACGACAUAGCGCGCCUGUGUGGGUAUAUUUCCAGGAUGGAGCAUAUGUGUCUGGGUCCAAGUCUGGUCAGGAUCCUUCCGGUCUGAUCCAUACCAGCCGGGAAGAUGGGUCCCCUGGCAUGAUCUAUGUGGGAGUCGAUUAUCGACGUUUGGCGCUGGAAUUGGUACAACGGCAUAUAUCACAAUUCGGUGGCGAUCCCUCGCGAGUCACCGUCAUGAGUGUCUCGACCGGGUGGGGCUCAACCACGAUGCAGCUGACGGCCUACGGACGCGCCAUUAGUCCCCCGUUCGCCCAGACUAUUGUCCAGAGCCCAGCCUGGGAACCGGACACGAAGAUCCCGGCCACUGAGGAAUCUGUUGGAUACUUUCCUGGCAUUGUUGAAUGUCAGCAGCGUGGAAGAGGCCCUGCUUCUGCCAUCUCAGGCCUUGAUUGA